AGGCGCGAGCCCCUGCCGGGCCCCCCGGCGCCAGAUCAUGUACUCAGCCCACAGGCCCCUGGUGCCCGCGUCCAGCGCGGCCUCCCGUGGCCUCGGAAUGUUCGUGUGGACGAAUGUGGAACCUCGCUCUGUCGCCGUGUUCCCCUGGCACUCCUUAGUCCCCUUCCUGGCCCCCAGCCAGCCAGACCCUUCCGUGCAGCCAAGUGAGGCCCAGCAACCUGCUAGCCACCCAGUGGCCUCCAACCAGAGCAAAGAACCUGCUGAGUCGGCGGCUGUUGCUCAUGAGCAGCUACCAGGUGGGACAGGGAAUGUUGACCCUGGGCGGCCCCCUGGAGCCACAUGCCCUGAGAGCCCAGGACCUGGACCCCCCCACACUUUGGGGGUGGUAGAACCUGGGAAAGGCCUCCCUCCCACCACGGAGGAGGAAGCCCCUGGCCCUCCAGGAGAACCACGGCUGGACAGUGAGACGGAGAGUGACCAUGAUGAUGCCUUCCUCUCCAUCAUGUCUCCUGAGAUCCAGUUGCCUCUGCCACCUGGAAAACGCCGGACCCAGUCCCUCAGUGCCCUGCCCAAGGAACGAGACUCAUCUUCAGAGAAGGAUGGACGCAGCCCCAACAAGCGGGAAAAGGACCAUAUCCGGCGGCCUAUGAAUGCUUUCAUGAUCUUCAGCAAGAGGCACCGGGCCCUGGUCCACCAGCGUCACCCCAACCAGGACAACAGGACCGUCAGCAAGAUCCUGGGCGAGUGGUGGUAUGCCCUGGGGCCCAAGGAGAAGCAGAAGUACCAUGACCUGGCCUUCCAGGUGAAAGAGGCCCACUUUAAGGCUCACCCAGACUGGAAGUGGUGCAACAAGGACCGGAAGAAGUCCAGCUCAGAGGCCAAGCCCACGAGCCUUGGGCUGGCAGGAGGGCACAAAGAAACUCGGGAGCGGAGCAUGUCGGAGACGGGUACUGCCGCUGCCCCUGGAGUGUCCUCUGAGCUUCUGUCUGUCGCAGCCCAGACACUCUUGAGCUCGGACCCCAAGGCUCCAGGGAGCGGCUCUUGUGGGGCAGAACGUCUGCACACAGUUGGGGGACCUGGUUCGGCCCGGCCCCGAGCCUUCUCCCACAGUGGGGUCCACAGCCUGGAUGGCGGAGAAGUAGACAGCCAGGCACUACAGGAACUGACUCAGAUGGUGUCUGGCCCUGCGUCCUACUCUGGCCCAAAGCCUUCUACACAAUUUGGGGCUCCAGGCCCCUUUGCAGCUCCCGGAGAGGGAGGUGCCCUGGCGGCCAGUGGGCGGCCUCCCUUGCUGCCUACCCGAGCCUCCCGUUCCCAGCGUGCGGCCAGUGAGGACAUGACUAGUGAUGAGGAACGCAUGGUCAUCUGUGAGGAGGAAGGGGAUGAUGAUGUCAUUGCUGAUGAUGGCUUCGGUACCACUGACAUUGACCUCAAGUGCAAGGAGCGGGUAACUGACAGCGAGAGUGGAGAUAGCUCUGGGGAAGACGCAGAGGGCAGCAAGAGCUAUGGUAGGAAGGUGUUCUCGCCUGUGAUCCGUUCUUCCUUUACCCACUGCCGUCCGUCGCUGGAUCCUGAGCCCCCAGGGCCCCCGGAUCCACCUGCAGCCUUCAGCAAAGGCUAUGGGCCCACCCCAUCUUCCUCGUCCUCGCCUGCAUCCUCCUCAGCCUCAGCAGCCACCUCCUUCUCAUUGGGCUCAGGGACCUUCAAGGCCCAGGAGUCAGGUCAGGGCAGCACAGCAGGCCCACUACGGCCCCCACCCCCUGGGGGCCCAGCGACACCUUCCAAGGCCACCCGCUUCCUCCCAACGGAUCCUACCACCUUCCGGCGCAAGAGGCCUGAAAGUGUGGGGAGCCUAGAGCCACCUGGCUCCUCAGUUAUUGCAGCACCUCCUGGAGGGGGAGGAAGUGUCCUACAGACACUAGUCCUGCCUCCAAACAAGGAGGAAAGGGAGGGCAGCGGAGCCCGUGUGCCCUCAACUCCAGCCCCAUCGCUGGCGUAUGGGGCCCCAGCAGUCCCCCUGUCCCGCCCAGCUGCCACCAUGGUCACCAAUGUGGUGCGGCCUGUCAGCAGCACUCCUGUGCCCAUCGCCUCCAAGCCCUUCCCCACUUCUGGCCGGGCGGAAGCAUCUCCAAAUGACACAGCAGGUGCCAGGACUGAAACAGUGCCGGGGUCUCGGGCACCUGGGGGCUCUCCGCUGGGCGUCAGUUUAGUGUAUUCAGACAAGAAGUCAGCAACAGCCACCUCACCAGCCCCACAUCUGGUGGCUGGGCCCCUGUUGGGCACUGUGGGGAAGGCUCCUGCCACUGUCACCAACCUGCUGGUGGGCACCCCAGGCUAUGGGGCCCCUGCACCUCCUGCUGUCCAGUUCAUUGCCCAGGGAGCUCCUGGCAGUGGGGCCACUACAGGCUCAGGAGCAGGUGCUGGGAGUGGCCCUAAUGGGCCAGUGCCCCUGGGUAUUCUGCAGCCAGGUGCCCUGGGCAAGGCUGGGGGAAUCACUCAGGUGCAGUACAUCCUGCCCACGCUGCCCCAGCAGCUUCAAGUGGCGCCUGCCCCAGCACCAGCCCCUGGGACCAAGGCAGCGGCUCCCAGCGGCCCAGCACCCACCACCAGCAUCCGUUUCACCCUCCCACCGGGCACCUCCACCAACGGCAAAGUCUUGGCUGCCACUGCACCCACUCCUGGCAUCCCCAUCCUGCAGUCCGUACCCUCUGCCCCGCCCCCCAAAGCCCAGUCGGUUUCUCCUGUGCAGGCCCCGCCCCCGGGUGGCUCAGCCCAGCUGUUACCUGGGAAGGUACUAGUGCCUCUGGCCACCCCUAACAUGUCAGUGCGCGGUGGAGGGGCUGGUCAGCCGCUGCCCCUGGUGAGCCCACCCUUCUCAGUACCUGUGCAGAAUGGCGCCCAGCCACCAAGCAAGAUCAUCCAGCUGACUCCGGUGCCUGUGAGUACACCCAGCAGCCUGGUACCACCCCUCAGCCCAGCCACGAUCUCUGGUCCCACCUCGCAGCCUCAGAAGGUCCUGCUGCCCUCCUCUACCAGAAUCACCUAUGUGCAGUCAGCAGGUGGGCACACGCUGCCUCUGGGCACCAGCUCAGCAUCCAGCCAGGCUGGAACAGUCACCUCAUAUGGGCCCACAAGCUCGGUAGCGCUAGGCUUCACCUCACUAGGGCCCAGCGGCCCUGCCUUUGUGCAGCCCCUGCUUUCAGGCCAGGCUCCACUGCUGGCUCCUGGCCAGGUGGGCGUGUCGCCUGUGCCCAGCCCCCAGCUGCCUCCCACCUGUGCUGCCCCUGGAGCUCCUGUCAUCACGGCAUUUUACCCUGGCAGCCCAGUACCCUCCUCAUCAGCACCCCUGGCCCAGCCAUCCCAGGCCACCCCAGGCCUGGUCUACACUGUGGCGACCAGCACCACCCCGCCUACUGCUCCGAUCCUGCCCAAGGGCCCACCAGCUCCUCCCACUGCCACUGCCACUGCCACUCCUACUAGCCCAUUUCCUAGUUCCACAGGUGGGUAUUGGGCCAACCCAGGGUAUGGUAAGUUUGGGGACCCAGGGAACGGGUCAGACCUGGCUCAGCAAAUGCUCUUCUCCCCAUCAGCAGGCUCCAUGACUUACAGCUUAGUGGCCCCCAAGGCCCAGAGGCCCACCCCCAAAGCUCCCCAGAAAGUGAAGGCAGCCAUCGCCAGCAUUCCUGUGGGCUCCUUUGAGGCAGGUGCCCCUGGGCGGCCUGGCCCUGCACCCCGGCAGCCCUUGGAGCCUGGCUCAGCUCGUGAGCCUGCUGCCCCUGAGUCUGAUCUUGAAGGGCAGCCUACAACGCCAGCCCCUCCACCUCCCCCAGAGACGUGGGCUCCCACUGCCAGGAGCAGCCCCCCACCACCCCUACCUGCUGAGGAGCGGACCAGCACCAAGGGCCCCGAGACCAUGGCCAGCAAAUUUCCCAGCUCAUCUUCAGAUUGGCGUGUCCCUGGGCUGGGCCUGGAGAGUCGUGGGGAGCCUCCCACCCCUCCCAGCCCAGCUCCAGCUCCGGCCCCAGCCCCGGCCCCGGCCCCGGCCCCGGCCGCAGCCCCUGGUAGCAGCAGUGGCAGCAGCGAGGGCAAUAGUGGCAGGGCAGCUGGAGACACCCCUGAGCGCAAGGAGGUGGCUGGUACUGGCAAGAAGGUGAAGGUGCGGCCCCCGCCCCUGAAGAAGACCUUUGACUCUGUGGACAACAGGGUCCUGUCAGAAGUAGACUUCGAAGAACGCUUUGCUGAGCUACCUGAGUUUCGGCCUGAGGAGGUGUUGCCCUCGCCCACCCUGCAGUCUCUGGCCACCUCGCCCAGGGCCAUCUUGGGCUCCUAUCGUAAGAAAAGGAAGAACUCCACUGACCUGGACUCGGCCCCUGAGGACCCCACCUCACCCAAGCGUAAGAUGAGGAGACGCUCCAGCUGCAGCUCGGAGCCCAAUACUCCCAAGAGUGCCAAGUGCGAGGGGGACAUCUUCACCUUUGACCGCACAGGUACAGAUGCUGAGGAUGUGCUCGGCGAGCUGGAAUAUGAGAAAGUGCCAUACUCAUCACUGCGGCGCACCCUGGACCAGCGCCGGGCCCUGGUCAUGCAGCUCUUCCAGGACCAUGGCUUCUUCCCAUCAGCCCAGGCCACAGCAGCCUUCCAGGCCCGCUACGCAGACAUCUUCCCCUCCAAGGUUUGUCUGCAGUUGAAGAUCCGUGAGGUGCGCCAGAAGAUCAUGCAGGCGGCCACUCCCACAGAGCAGCCCCCUGGAGCCGAGGCCCCCCUUCCUGGACCGCCCCCCACUGGCACGACUGCUGCCCCUGUUCCCACUCCCAGUCCUGCUGGGGGUCCUGACCCCACCUCACCUGGCUCGGACUCUGGCACGGCCCAGGCUGCCCCACCACUGCCUCCGCCCCCAGAGCCAGGGCCAGGACAGCCUGCCUGGGAGGGCCCCCCCCAGGCCUCCCCCCCACCCUCUGGUUCCUCCACAGCUGCUGCAGGCAGGUGAGAGGCCCCUGAGAAGAUCCCAGGAACCACAGUACCCCCCCUCAGGAAUGGACAAUAUGUAGGUGGCAGGAAUGGGGGGGGCAGGAUGUUUACCUCCUCCCCAAUAAAGCCAUUUGGUCUUUUCCAGUUUGGGGCAGAAUGAGGCCUGCUCCUCUGUGUGUCCCCAUCCCCCUACAGCUCUCUCCCAGUAAUGAGGGGCAGCUGAGGGGAAGCAGGGGCAGUCUCCCUCCACUGAGCCCCUGUGUAUUAUAACCUGGAGUGUGUUACCUUCAGAUCUUUUCACUUGUACUUUAUGCAAAAUGGCUCAUGUGAGGGCUGCAAGCAGAGAGAAGUGAGGGCUUUGGGCUAGAGGGAGGUGCCUGUGGAGUAGGGGGAGUUCAUGUACCCCCUUUUUCCCCAGAGGGGCUGGACUCAGGUUAGUUUUUGGGGUGGGGGCUCCUGCACUUUGCCACAGGCAUGGGGAGGGUUCUCUCCCCACCCCUCUGCCCUCCCAACUUGGGUUGUACUUUCUAAGAAGGUGAUUCCCCCUGCCCUUGUCCUGAUCCCCAGAACAAAACAUGUUGAUCAUGUGCAAUAUUUCUUACUGUGCUGAGAAGCCACAAUGACCGCGAUUAAAGCUGUUUAACACA